UUCUUUAGAAAUUAAGAGAGAAGCAGCCACCAACCCCUGCAACUUCUACGCAAUGCUGCGUCGAUUUUGCUUUUGCAAAUGUCAAUCUUUGUCAUUCUUAUCUUUGAUCCCUUGACGUUUUCAAAGUUGUUGGGUAAUAUGUUCUUCUUUGUAACCAAACAAGAUUCUCCAACCCCCGUUACUUAAAUCACUUACCUAUCUUUCCUAACCUACUCAACAACAAAGACAUUUACAUUUACCCUCAACUAAAGCGUGGUCAUUCAUUUCUUUAAUCCCUACAAGUGGAUUAUGUUUCAUUCAUCUAUUUUGCAUUUAAAUAGGACUCAACCAACCCAAUCCACAACGCCACCACAUUAUUUUCCUAUUACCAUUUCUUGUAUAGAGGGAAAACACGUUCUUUGAUUCUUGAUUCUUGUUUGGUUUGUGGGAAAUGGGUAGUGUUGGAUUGUUGAAGAAUUCUGCCAUGGUUUGUGCUCCAUUAAUGGCCACAUCAGUGGAGCAAGUGCUUAAUGGUAUGUUUCAGGCAAAAGCACAAGGUGCAGAUUUAGUUGAGAUUAGAAUUGAUGCUAUCCACGACUUCCAACCGCACAAAGAUCUUCCAUUCCUCCUAAAAAAUAAGCCACUUCCUGUUCUCAUUAUUUACAGGCCAAUAUGGGAAGGAAAUCUGUUUGAAGAUGAUGAUGCCCACAAGCAGUUGGAAGUCUUUCGAUGGGCUAAAGAAUUGGGAGCUGAUUAUGUUGAGUUGGACCUCAAGAUAGCUAGUGACUUCACCAAAAAAGAAAAGUCGAGGUGGAGUAGUGGUUGUAAAGUAAUUACAUCAUGCUUCGUGGACAAUGUGACCUCAAAAGAAGACCUCAGCCAAGUUGUUGCAUGCAUGCAAUCUACUGGGGCAGAUAUCCUCAAAAUUGUUACAAAUGCAAAUGACAUUACAGAACUAGAGAAAACAUUUCACUUGCUUUCACAUUGCCAGGUGCCACUUAUUGCGUAUUCUGUUGGGGAAAGAGGUCUCAUAAGUCAGUUGUUGGGCCCAAAAUUCGGUAGUGUCCUAUUAUAUGGAUCGCUUGAUGAUAAUGCAGUGCCUGGUCUGCCUUCUCUUGGCAGCCUUAGACAAGCUUAUGGAGUUGAUUUUAUGGAUAAUGAUACUAAAGUUUUUGGGCUCAUUUCUAAACCGGUGGGUCAUAGUAAAGGACCUAUUUUGCAUAAUCCUACAUUUAGACAUGUGGGGUUCAAUGGAAUUUAUGUUCCAAUGUUUGUGGAUGAUCUUAAGGAGUUCUUUAGGGUCUACUCAAGUCCCGACUUUGCUGGUUUCAGUGUUGGGAUCCCAUACAAGGAAGCAGUGGUGAGUUUCUGUGAUGAAGUCGAUCCAUUGGCUAAGUCCAUAGGGGCUGUAAAUACUAUAAUACGGAGGCCUUGCGAUGGGAAGCUAAUUGGUUAUAACACAGAUUGUGAGGCCUCUAUAACAGCCAUUGAGGAUGCUUUGAAAGGUACAACAGACAAUUCUUCUGAUUGCUUUACCUAUCUGUUAAAUGGGCGUGGAAAUGGAGCAGCGUUUCUUCCUUCGCCAAUUGCUAGGAAGAGUUUUGUGCUGGUGGGUGCUGGGGGUGCAGGAAGAGCUCUGGCAUUCGGAGCCAAGAGCAGGGGAGCUCGAAUUGUGAUUUUUGACAUUGAUUUUGAUAGAGCAAAGGCUCUUGCUGCCGCAGUUUCUGGUGAAGCUCUGCCAUUUGAAAACAUAGCUUCUUUUCAGCCAGAGAAAGGUGCAAUCCUUGCCAAUGCAACACCUAUAGGAAUGCAUCCAAAUAAAGACAGGAUACCUGUCCCUCAGGAAACCUUGAAGGAUUAUGUAGUGGUCUUUGAUGCUGUAUAUACACCUAGAAAGACUGCUCUAUUGAAAGACGCUGAGGCUGCUGGAGCAAUCACUGUCAGUGGAGUUGAAAUGUUUCUUAGACAGGCCAUUGGCCAGUUCAACCUUUUCACGGGAAGUAAAGCACCAGAAGAAUUCAUGCGCGAGAUCGUUAUGGAAAAAUUCUAAUUAUCAAGAAUUUCAAUAAAAUCACUUUUUGUUCAAAAUGGACAAAAAAUCUGACUAGAAGAGAAACAGCAACAGGGGUGUGAAAAAAGAGAAAAUAUGUGCAGGACAUCUUUGUGUUAGGAAUAACUUAUUUUUAUUGUUGAGAGAAAAUCUUUAUUGAUAAAUGUAUUUACCAGUAUAUUUGAGACUAGCACGUAGUUAGUAUUACUUGGAUAUCAGAGCAUUGUUUUCCAAGUUGCAAUUCAACAAUUUGUGUAUAUCUGACUACAGCGGCCCAUUAUAAAGAACCAAUCAUAAUUUUUAUUGUUCUGGAAGAA